GAUUUUAGGUUCUUUUUCUCUAUAUACACAAUUAACAUUUUUACUGGAUCUUUGAGCAUGAGCGCAAACGAUUUUUAUAAACUGUAUAACCACAAAAGUAACUACCAUUUUACGUUUUAGAAGAGACUCUCUAAAAGCAUACUUAUUACAAAGAAACCGUUGGACCUCAUUUGUAAACGAAACAUGAACCAAUCAAGAAACAAGUUAAAAGUUGUGAAGUUAAAUAACAUUUAUUUUUUCGGUGUGAAGGUUUUAAUAAGUAAUGGUGUUAAUAUGAUAUGAAGGUUUUAUUGUGUAAUUGUGGUAUUUUAGUGUGAAAGUUUUUAACAGAAUGAAAGUUUAAUAGUGUUGUGAAGUGUGAAGGUUUUAUAAUGUGAAGGUUUAUUGAUUUAACGGUGUAAUGGUUUAACAAAAAGCUUUUUUAAUGGUGAGACGGUUUUAUGGUGUAGAGUUUAAAUGAAGUGAAGGUUUUAGGGUGUGGUUUUAUGGUGUGUAAGUUUCACGAUGUUAAUGUUUUAAGGUGUAAAUGUGUGAAGGUUUAAAGAUGUGAAAGUUUUAAGGUGUAAAGAUUUUAUGGUGUGACGGUUUUAUGGUGUUAAGGUUACUUAUAUAUCAAUUUCUGUUGAUAGUCAUGAAUCUACAUUUUUUAAUGUCUUCAAUGCAUUCAAAAAGUUAUUCGAUAACAUACAAUGGGAAGAUAUCGACAUAAAACAGUGCCUGUCAGUUAUAUAAAUAAUAAUACCCUUAAUUAAAAGUAUCUUGUACAACGUCAAUAGUUUCUUUUUGUCUAAAACAAACAAUGAUAGGUGACAGCGCAUUUAUGUCGAUGAUGUCACCAGUACAAUGUACUACGAACAAAAUAUCUUUAUCAUUUCGGUUUAAAAUAAACAAUAAACAUUCACCACUUAUCAAGGAACAAUAAUCUUUCAACAAUUAAGGAUGAAUAUUGUUAAAUGAUAAUAGUGAUAAACUUAUUGCGUAUUUUUAUUUCGUGUUGGUCAUAUUAUUAGGAAGCAGGAGGUAGAGCUUAUCAUUUUUGAGAUGAAAACCAGUUGACGAAGUAUGAUAAUAGCUGAAAAUCAAAUGAUAACUUAAGAAAAUGAAGCCAAAAUUCUUGAAGCAAACCGGCAGAAGAACUGUUGACAGACAAAUUAAACGUGUUAAAGAAUGUGACAGACAAACGGUUGCUCAAACUGGACGUGUAGGCUCUCUAAUAGAGAAGAAAGAAAAUGAAGAAUUCGAUGACGAUUUUCUCCAAGAACUCGACGCUUGUGAAAUAAGUGGAAACGUAUUGAAUCAGGAAAUAUGUGGAGGCACAUUACAAACCGAUUCCAAAAGAACCCAUUUGGUGACAACAUUUGGAAGUGUAAGAAACUCGAAUCCAUUGAAUGGUCAAAAAUAUGAUGAAUCAUUCGCUGAACAUUAUUCUGGGCCAGGUGAGGAACUUGAAAGUUCGCUCGCCGAAUCUGCUCUUCACAGCAACAAGAAAAACAGGAAUCGUCGACAACGAAGAGGCAGGCGUAAUAAGGCAUCCUUUGAAAAUAAAAUAUCUGAGGAAGACAAAGAAUGCGAUCCGGUUCUAGAAAUGACAGGGAGAAGAAACGUUUGUAACAAGAUCGAGAACAUCAAUCAUCCUAAAAAGGAUGCGUUGCCAAAAACAACAAAACCAAGGCAUGGCAUUUUUAAUGAUUGUACAAAACUUAAAGACAAUGUUCCAAGAAGACAAGGUGAAACUUUAUAUCAUACUCUUGAUAUCAGCAGAGAAACAGAAAAUCAAAAUUAUGAGAGCAAACGCGAAUAUGUUGAUGCUUCAUCUAGUGAUAGAUAUGCAAAACAAACUGACACCGGACCCGUUUGUAUUAACCUGUCAAGAAUUCCUUCGGCGGAAAUCCGAAACCGAAUUUUAAUGGAAAGCUAUAAAACGAUGGUGCGUUCAAGAAAAGAGGUCCAUUCUCUUGACGAGCUCUCUGGUAUGUUUUCAAUUUUCAAAAGUUUUCGUAUUAAAUAUGAUAAUAUGACAGAUAUAACGUCUCUACUGGAAAGAAAUGAAGACAAAUUUGUCAUUACCUACAGUGCAAUGGACGAACCUUUAUUUUCUGUCAAAACAGAUAUGGCAAUAUGCGCUAUUUUCACAAAUGACACGUGUCAAAGUCACACGUGUCACGAUUUGCAUAUUUGUAAAUACUUUUUACUCAGCAAAUGCUCUCGAAAGAAGUGCAAGUUUGGCCAUAAUCUUUCAACAGAACAUAACAGAAAGGUGUUCAGACAGUAUGCUCUUGACGGUGUAGAUAAGGCAUCCCAAUUGCAUUUGCUAAGGGACAUUGAGAGUAGAAAUAUGUCCACGAUGCCUUUGAUGUGUAAAUUUUACAACAACGAAGGUGGUUGUAAAAAUAACAAUAAUUGCCCACAUCUUCACUUAUGCAAGAACUACAUAAAUAAUGAUUGUAAAUUUAGUAAAAGGUGUAAAAGAUGUCAUGACAUACUGGCUAAACAACCACUUUCUGUGCUGAAAAUGUAUGGUUUAAAUCCGACUUGUUUCAACAUUGACAAACUACUAAGUAUAUUAAAAGAUACGUUGGAAAAUGGAGAUGUUGUUCUGAAAAGAGACAUUCAGCAUAACAGAGGUGUAAGAGCAGAUCGACACAAUAGUUUUAGUAGUAUAAACGAUGUACACGAAUCAAGCGCAAGUGAUAUAUCAUCCAGCGAGAUGUCAGACAAAGAUGAAGAUGAUGAAACUGACAACGAUUGGAAGGAACAGACGUUAGAAUCGUAUGGAUUUGUAGAGCAGGACUCAUCCUUUGAACAAACUGAUGGUGAACGCCAAGGAACUCCCGAGAAUGACCUUUCGUUGCUGCACAAAAAUGAACACAUUGCAGAUAGUGGUGAAAGAAGACCUUUUUGUGGGCAUUUGACUUCACUUACGGGACAGAAAAAGGAUUUACCCACUGGCAAUGGUCAUCAGGGUGACACAGAACCAAUAAUGACAUUUGAAUCACAAAUAGAGAAAAAGCAAUUCGUGGUCCGAAAAGUGAAUGGACGUUUAGUUAUAUGGAACAAAUUAGGAAACUGGUAUAAUAUGAAUGAAGAAGAUUCAGCAAGAUUAUUGCAGCUACAUCAAGAUUUCAUUUCAUUCGCAGAGAAACUUGAUGACCAUGAUGUUUAACAUAGCGCAAAACAAUCAUCAAUAAAGGGACGUGACUUCUUCCAGUCAGUGCAUGACUUAAAGGCAGAGAGCAGUAUUUCAGCUUUCAAAAUAUCUUAUAGAUUUUCACAGCACUUCAAAAUGGCUCCGUUUAGCAAACUCAUUGCAAAUGUUUGAACUUAUCGUAGUAUAUAUACAGACGGGAAAGUAUUUUUUUAAAUCCCAUACCGAAGCAUACUAUAUAUAAUAAGUAUUUUGUUUAGAUUAGAGAUAUUAUUCCAGUGAUAUGUGAUUCAUCUCUGAUCAUGUGUUUCAUAAAUAAACUUAUAAGUUGUAAUUUAAAAUCAAUGUGGUUAUUUGUAGUAUGUAUAGGUGAAGGGAGAUAAGAUUAAAACUUCCGCAUUAUUACAUAGAUACAAUAAACACAACCGAAAUGCACUUAAUUUACAUGUAUGUUUAAUAACAGUUUCAAUAUUAAGUUACCUCACGUGAUAAUAAGAGCUUAUAUACGGCACAGUAGAACCAGAAGAUGAUAAUCGGUUUGCUGAACAAAUUAUGACCCCAGAGUGCUUCAGUCAAAAGACAUUAUUUAUUCAGAACCGAUUGUCACUUUCGAGCCCGUCUCGAACGUGUAUUUAUGUUAUUAAAAACAUUUUGAAAGUACUUUUUAUUAACAAGUGUUUCAAGUCAUUUUCUGUUUUAUAUAUUUUUGGAAAAUAAGAGUUUAAAUCUGAUCGUUUUGACUCAUAUGUAAACAUUUGUAGCAGGUUUGUGUACAACUAUGUGCUAUAUUUGCUAUCGUCGAAUUUCAAUGGACAAUCAUGUAGUUUUUAUUGUCUACAUACACCGUUGAUUUUAUUUUAUGAUCUUUGUAUAAACAAAUAAAAACAAUUUAGCAGCA